AUGCUGAUUCGUAGAAAACAUCGUCACCGAUCAUCAAUUGAUGACUUUGAUUUUUAUCAACAUGAUGGAAAUGAUAGUGAAUUACAACGACAAGAACAUGAACAAGAUGAAGAUGAAGAUGAAGAAGACUUAUUAACUACUCUGAGAGGUAAUAAGAGAAUAAAACUUGAUAAUUUACUUAACGAUUUGCAUCUUAGCGAGGAGAAUGUGGUGCCACCAACGACGGCAAGGAUUUCAAUAAAAGGAUCCGAUAUACCUCAACUUAUAUAUGAUACGGAUAGUGAUAAUGAUAAUAGUGAUGAUGGAUCCAAUAGAAAAUAUGUUAUCAAUAAGAAUAUUCAAUCGUUUCAAUUCAUAAAGGAAUUGAGUGAAAAUAAUGGAACCAAGACUAAUAUGAAUGAUUUGAAUCAAUAUUUUCUGAAUAAAUUAUUAGAUGAUUAUCAACAAUAUAUUGAAUCGAAUUUAAAAGUGAUUAAAUGGUAUAAUUAUCGAUUUUUAAUUGUGAUUAAAUUUCAACAUUGGUGUUUAAGAUUGUUUAAUCGAUUUAUAAGAAAAUUCAAUAAUGAGAAUCAUUUGAAAAUACCUAAAUUCAAUCAUUAUGAUAAGAUUAUGAAACUUAUUCAAGAGCAAAAGUUAGCGGUCAAUGAUUAUUUAACUAUUUUAAAUAAUGAGAAUAACAUUGAUAUGGCUAAAUUACAUCAAAAGCAACAACAACGGACUUUGAAACGCAAAUCGAGGGUAUUACUGCAUCAUCAUCAUCAUGAUUUAGAUGAUAACGAGGAUCUUAAAGAUAUCAGAUACAACUAUUGGGAUACACUCAAGUUUGAUAUAGAUGUUGAUCUUGACACAGAAAAUGAUAUGGAACAAGAAAUAGACGAAGAUUACGAUACUGAAGAAAGUAAAAUUAUAGAGAUUCGGAAUGAACCAGAUCAAGAUCAAGGUCUGAACUUGAACCUGGAUAUGGAUAUAGAUUGA